CAGUUGUGUUUGUGUAAGCGUCCCGCCAUGAUCGAACCCAUGUUCUCCUUUGUUUAUUUCACUGCAAAAAAUGGUAUCGACGCGAGGACCCAAAUUUAAGUUUUGUGACGGUGAAAAAGUGUUGUGUUAUGAACCGGAUCCAACAAAAGCUAAAGUUUUAUAUGAUUCAAAGGUUUUAGACGUUAUAGUUAAUAAAGAUCAAAGGGGAAGAAAGGCUGUGGAGUAUCUCAUACAUUUUCAGGGUUGGAAUUCUUCUUGGGACCGUUGCGUAACUGAAGAAUACGUAUUAAAAGACACAGAAGAAAACAGACAACUGCAAAGGGACCUUGCACAAAAAGCACAACUUCAAUUGGGAGCAUAUUUAUAUCGAAGAGAGCGAAAGAAGAGAAGUUACAAAUAUUCUGACCGCUUGGCUGAAUCGGAAACAGAAUCGAAACGACAGGCAAGAAGUAGCGGAAGUCGCGCAACUUCCGCAACGACAGGAUCUUCAGAAGAUGGAAGUUCUGGUCAGCAGGACGAAUAUGAUACUGAGGAUCAGGAUGCUGUCACAGAAGAAGAGACCGAGAGUAGUUCCGAUUACGUAGAUGAAUCAGGCGAUGAUGAUAGUUGUGAAGGAAGUCAAUCUGGUGCUAGCAUUCGACCUGGCGUUGAUCUAGACGUCGGAAAUACUCUACGACGAAUUUUGGAACAGGAUUAUGAACUAAUCAUGCACAAAAAUAAGCUGGCUGUUUUACCAGCACAACCGACAGUAGCACUUAUUCUGGAAUCAUGGGUGCAACAUUUCACUGAUACUGAACUGAAAAGUAUCCCGGAUAAAUCGCAACGAAACAAGGGCAACAAUAUCAUGGAAAAAACUCUCACAGACAUUAAUCUCUGUCGAGAAGUCGCCGAUGGCCUACGAGUAUAUUUUGAUUUUACAUUGUACAAUCUUCUAUUAUACAGGCAAGAAAGAGAACAAUAUGAUUCAUUAAUGGCUACUAUAGUAGCCACGGAACCGACCCAAAUUAAAGAGGAACCAAUCGAGGUUUCAGAGGUGGCAGUCAAGGAGGAAAUAGAAGAUACAGAAUACGCUCAUUUGCCACCUUUUCAGGAACAAGAUCAAGACUUAGAAAAUUCGAAUAAACCUGUGUCUCAAAUAAAACGCAAAUUGCGAUCUUGUAGAGUCAGUUCUGUAGACGAUUCUCGACUAUUAAGAAGCCAUGAAGAGUCCAAACUGGAUCAAGGAAAUCUGUCAAGCAGCAUGGCAAGCACAAGUUCACGUUGUUCUAGCCCAAGAGGAGUUACUUUAAGGGUGCCUGCGAUUAUUCCCGCCCACGUCAGCACUUUACUCCAAGAUUCCAAGGCGUGGAGGUUAUUACCAGAAUCGUUGAAACACGAUGGCACGCGCAAUCCCUGCCUCUAUUACGGCGCUGUUCACUUUGUUCGGCUCUUCGUUAAAUUGCCAGAAUUACUACAAAACUCGGAUAUACCAGACAAAAAGUUGAAAGUGGUACUGAAGUAUUUAGAUAUGAUUCUAAGUUACUUGGAAAUGCAUCGUGAGUGGUUCGGCGAGCAAUUUUACACUCAGGCGGAAACACAGACUGUAGAAAAAACCGAAAAUCCCUGAGCUAGAAUGAAUGGGUAGAUGCCUUUAUUUUUGUACCAAGAAUACGUGAGCAUGUGAUUUACCUUAUUUUUAUGAAUAUAUUAGAAUUACGUUUAACCUUCGUAAAGAAUUUGUACUUCAUACGAAGUAUCUUCGUGAUGUAAGAUAUUUUUAAUUAAUUUCAAGAACCAGAGAUGAAAUUUGCAUCAUGCAGACUGCGAAAGAUCGAAAUUAUCUAACUUUUCUGUUUCUUGAUCUGAACAAGUUGUAUUUUACAACGUGACCUCAGGACUAAUAAAUACUCCUUUUAUUACCA